CAGAUGAUCUCGCCUCUCGCCUUGAGGCCAUGACCACUGGCUUGUAAUUGUCACUUUCUAAUGGGUUUCUUGAACCUAACUGACAUGCGGAGCCUUAUAUGGCACGAGUUACUAUAGCUGCACCGCAGUUUCAAACAGUCGUGUCAGAGUUCAAAACAUCCAGAGAGCAGUCGGCAGCCGGUCCUCACUCUUCGUCGUUCCCGCUUCCAAGUUGUGAACUUCGAGUGAAUAACCUACACAGGAAUUGUACUCCGGUCGCAUUUGAGGUCUACAUGUGAGAGAGAUAGUUACUGUGGCACGCUCGGAUCUUCGCCUUAUCUCGGCAGUAUAUAGGAGCAGCACCAAAGUUUCUUCGGGAGUCGUGUGCUACUGUCUGUCGGAGCUACUCGAUGACACGAGGACAACUCUAGUGGAUUGUGUUUGUUUUACUUGAACUUUCUUACUCUGUGGAUCAAGGUGCAGUCAGACAUGGCGAUGACUGCUGUUAGUCAGACCACCCCGGCCCCGUCACCGUGGACGACCAGGGACCUUGCUAGGGACUCCAGCAAUGACAGCGCUGGCCUCACCCAGACCAGUAUUCCGGUUGUGACCCCUUGGAGGGACCCAGUGACAGCUGUUAGCGAUGAUUUACCUAAUGGUACAACAGUGACUCCAACGCCGCAGACGACAGCUACAUCUCCAACAACUCCAAAUUCUACAUCAAACAAUAAUAAUAACAACCAAACAAACAAUAAUAACAACAAUAAUACGACCAAUUCGAAUUCGGUGUGUUCUUCUGGAGAAAGUGGCAAGGCAGCGCAUAUCGAGUGCGUCGUCUGUGGAGAUAAAAGCUCGGGAAAACAUUAUGGACAAUUCACCUGUGAGGGCUGCAAAAGUUUCUUCAAGAGAUCAGUGCGCAGGAACCUUACGUACACGUGCAGGGGGAACAGGAAUUGCCCAAUCGACCAACACCAUAGGAACCAAUGUCAGUAUUGCAGGCUGAAGAAAUGUCUUAAGAUGGGGAUGCGUCGCGAAGCAGUACAGCGAGGCCGGAUUCCCCCGACCCAGCAUCCUGGUUAUCCAGGUCAACUGGCGCUGACGAAUGGAGACCCGUUAACCGGCCAUACCUACUUGUCCAGCUUCAUCUCCAUGCUACUCAGAGCCGAACCCUACCCGGUGUACCGAUAUGGACAGUGCAUGCAGCCAAACAACAUCAUGGGCAUUGAGAAUAUUUGCGAACUGGCUGCAAGACUCCUCUUCAGCGCCGUCGAAUGGUCAAGAAAUAUUCCCUUCUUCCCGGACUUACAAGUAACUGACCAAGUGGCGUUGUUGAGGUUGAGUUGGAGCGAACUAUUUGUCUUGAACGCGGCCCAGUGCUCCAUGCCUUUACAUGUUGCUCCUUUACUGGCCGCGGCUGGACUACACGCUUCACCAAUGGCAGCAGACAGAGUCGUGGCAUUCAUGGACCAUAUACGCAUAUUCCAAGAGCAAGUAGAAAAAUUAAAGACUCUUCACGUAGAUUCAGCGGAAUACAGUUGCCUUAAAGCCAUCGUUCUGUUCAGUACAGAUAAAACCUCAUUCAAUUCUCAGCGGCUUUACAAUGCCUGUGGCCUAUCGGACCUGAACCAUAUAGAGGGCCUCCAGGAGAAAUCACAGUGCGCUCUGGAAGAGUACGUGAGAAGUCAGUACCCCAACCAACCCACUCGCUUCGGGAAACUACUACUCCGGCUUCCAUCGUUACGGAUGGUCAGCGCCCAAGUGAUCGAGCAGCUCUUCUUCGUACGGCUUGUAGGGAAAACCCCUAUCGAGACGCUGAUCAGGGACAUGUUGCUCAGCGGAGGUUCAUUCAACUGGCCUUACGUACCCCUCCAAUGACAGACGGCGUCGGUCUCAAGGGACGUACAGCAGUGGGCACUGGCCAAGAACUCAUUUUAACACUAUCUUUGUCACAUACGCAAGGACUUGGACAUCUAGGCUGAAACAGAGUGAAUUGCAUUGAUUUCUUAAUACAUUGGUCUUUGGCUCUCACCUGGGAUAUGGACCUCUAUAUGGGUCUAACUAAACACAGGGCCCUUGUGUGUUUUCUUAUGAUAUCAUUGGCAGCCAUUAAAUAGCAGAAAAGCAUUGUACAAAACAAUUACUAAUGAGUUAGGUGAGUACUGUACGUCAUAGAAGACCAGUACUUCAGUAUGGGUGUGGUAUGUUCAUUCUACAAUCAUUUCGUAAUUGGGUUUGUGUUUGUGUCUUCCGUGGGUCAUGUCGAUGUAAAAAAUUAUUUUGCUCCGUUGUUUUUUUUUCACCAAGGGAUGACAGUGUCAAUCCAGGUCUUAAGAUUGUGACACAAAUGCAUUACAAAAACUUCAAAUAGCUUUGUCUUUGUUGGCUCUAGAUCCUUCAUCUUUUUCCAAACACACUACUAAUUGUACAUGAUUUCAAACACUGAGACCUUAAGUUACACCUACGAAACAUUUGUGAUUUAUGGCAGCGCUGAACGACUGAAGAAAACUCACUUGCGUACCAGUUAGGUGUCAGCAAUACCCACGUUUGCAUGGUACCCCCAUGUACAUCUACGUUAUAGAUCGACGUCGAAUUUUCAAAUUGAUUUGCUUAAUAAACAACUGAAAUAGAUAUGGUGUGAUUUAGAUCUCAGUGUUUUGAAUCGACCUAAAUGUUUUCUCUAUAUCAGUCUAGAUGUGGUCUUCCGUUUUGGCAUGGGUAAAUGUACAGGGAAAUGUACAGCAGCGAAGGUUCGAAACCUGGUAAUGGCAUUUGCACAAGGACGGUGGAUCAGCUCUAUUUGACUCGUGAUGGAAUUUAAUUCUUAACAGAGUAUAAUAUACAUAUUCUAGUAAACUGACUUUGUGAUGUAAAUCUAUUGUACGAAUGCAGUAGCUUUAUAUAAGUGCUUCUUCAAUGUCUGUGUGUUCGUCAAUAUUUUAUAAAUAUUAGUGGUUCUAAACCAUGUUGUCUUUAUCAUUUAAUAUUAUUUUGAUAUAACUUUGCAUUAUAGUUAUAUUUUAUUAUUGUAUGUAAAAAGAGAUGUAUAGGUACAUAACGUAUAGGUUUAAUGUGGUAAGUGGCAGACCUGAGGACCCAAACUUCUCAAUGACGUCAAAUACCUUUCGUGCUCCCGGUCACAAUUUUUAAACAGUCUAACUUGCAUCAUUUUUGUCUAUAUAGGCCUAUAUAGAACCCCGAGCAUCAUCAAUUGAUGCUAUUUACGACAUCGUUCGAUGCAGUUUACGUCAUCUGAUGAUGCAUUCGUGUCAUCAUUUGAUGAAGUCUUAGUCAUUACUCCAUGUGCAAAAUACUAAAUUUUGUGUUGUUGUCCGUUUUGAUGGUAUAACUGCCAUAGUAGAUUUGUUAUUAUGCCGCAUUAAUGUGUCCAAGACACAGCUAUUAAUGCUUCAUACAAUGAUCUCUAAAAUAAAAAAAAUCGAAACAAUAA